AUGUCCACUGUAAAGGUUAUUGUUGAAUGUCCUAAUAGAAAUUUCUUUCGCUUGAUGAAAUUGUAUUCGAAAGGUUUAUUUAACAAAUGCGUUCAAAAUUUUCUUCUUAAACCUUAUAGUGUUGAUGUUCAACAUUACCAAUGUGAUCUUAGAUUCUACCGUGAGAAUAACACGAAACAACAAGAUCAUGUUUGGAAUAUCAGAAUGCAUGCAAUGAGAGGUGAAGCAGAACUGUUUUUCGGUAUGAGUCAAAGUGAUUGGAAGUUGCUGAAAAAUACUGAGGAUGGAUUAGCAUAA